UAUUCUUUCUUCCCUAUAAAAGAACAUGACAGGGGUGUGCGCAGCCACAAUUAAGAGUAAAACCAUCUCACGGAACAUCCUUCAUUCCUUGAGGAAAAUGUGUGAUGAUACCUUAAAGAGCAAUUAUCAAUUCUGUGAAGAGAUCGGCCGAGGAAGAUUUGGCACGAUCUCUCGUUGUUUUUCACCCAUCAAGAACGAAUUCUUUGCCUGCAAAUCUGUCGACAAGAAUCUCCUUAAUGAUCCAACUGACCGUGAGUGUCUUCAAAACGAAGCAAAGAUUAUGUCCCUCUUGUCUCCCCAUCCAAACAUUGUCCAACUCUUCGAUGUCUACGAUACUGAAGAUUCUCUUGACAUGGUAUUAGAGCUCUGCCAGCAAUCUACUCUUUAUGAUCGUUUAAUGAAGAGUAGUGAUGACGGGUUAAGCGAAGGCAGGUGUGCGUCGAUGAUGAAACAGUUAUUGACUGCAAUAGCGCAUUGCCAUAGAUUUGGUAUUGUGCACAGAGAUAUUAAGCCGGAUAACAUAUUGUUUGAUGAGAUGAACCGGGUCAAGUUGGCGGAUUUUGGGUCCGCUGAUUGGGUUGGGGAGGAGGGGACGUUGAGUGGGGUGGUGGGUACCCCGUAUUAUGUGGCGCCGGAGGUAGUGAUGGGGAGAGAUUAUAAUGAGAAAGUUGAUGUGUGGAGUGCUGGUGUCGUUUUGUAUGUUUUGUUAGCUGGAUUCCCGCCGUUUUAUGGGGAGACUGUUGAGGAGAUUUUUCAGGCUGUUGUUAGAGGGAAUUUGAGGUUUCCUCCUAAGGUUUUUAGAAAUGUUUCCCCGGAAGCUAAGGAUCUGUUGAGGAAGAUGGUUUGUAGAGACGUUUCUAGGAGAUUUUCAGCUGAGCAAGCUCUAUGGCACCCAUGGAUCUUGAGUGGAGGAGAGGCAGUCUCAAUGGACUAAUCUGCCCUGUAAAAUCCAAUAAAAUACCUCUCAAAGCAAGGAUUGCUAAUAGUUUAUCACUGUGCAGCGAGUGUGUACAUGCAACUGCCUAGCAAGCCUACAAGAUGCUAACUUCGCCUUGUGCAGCACAAAACCCUAUGGUGAAGACUUCAGAAUUUCAGUUUUUUCUGAUGCAAAGGACUGUGGCCUUGUUUUUUUGUUUGUUGCCUUUGUUUAUGUUAUGAAGAGAGAGGCUGUAGAUAGUUAAGAAAAAGGUUGAGAAUCCCGUCUUUCCCCUCCUUUGCCUUUUUUGAGAAUUCAAGGAAGUGAGAAAGCUAAAGGAAGUUUGUACUAUUACUGCUUUAAUAUGAUAUGCCUGCUUACCUUUAUAUUCA